AUGUCUCGGUCCAAGCAUGCUGCCAACAUGGAUAAGAAUACCCGAUACUUCCAUAACAUUGCCUCAGCCAGAAGACGGAAUAACAGGAUAGAUGCCCUGAUGAUACAUAGAAGACUUGUGCGUAAUCAGGCGAGAAUAAAAGGUGUAAUUAGAAAGUUCUACAAGGAUUUAUAUCGCCAGGAAUAUGUUCUGAGGAUUGGAGUCAGGGAUGGUUUGGUGAAGAAUAUCCAGCGAGAGGAGGCUGAAGCGCUGGAAGUGAUGCCGUCGGAAGAGGAAAUUAGGGAGGCAGUAUGGGACUGCGAAUCUUCCAAGGCCCCAGGGAGUGAUGGGUACAAUAUGAACUUCAUCAAGAAAUUUUGGGAGGAUAUUGGGCCGGAAUUCAUAGCAGCGGUGCUGGGGUUCUUUCAAAGUGCUAAGCUGCCAACGGAUGUGAAUGUAACAUGUGUGACAUUAGUCCCAAAGUUUGAAGGUGCAAAGGAGAGUAAGAUGGAGUUUUGUGGAUGUUAUGCUUCAAAAAAUGGGCUUUGGCCAAAGGUGGAGGAAUUGGGUGAAGGAGUGUGUUACUACGGCUACUAUGGCAGUCCUGGUAAAUGGGUCACCAUCCAAGCCAUUCAAGAUGGAGAGAGGACUAAGGAUGGUGGGGGAAGCUGUGAGGAAUGGGCGCAUUGCUCCACUGCUGGUAGGGGAGAUCAUAUUGAACUGUCGCAUCUACAAUUUGCGGAUGACACAAUUUUGUUUUGCCCGCCAGAGACUGAAACAAUUGUAAACUAUAAGAGGCUGUUGCGGUACUUCGAGUUGAUGUCCGGGUUGAGCAUCAAUUUUGAUAAAUCGAAUCUGAUAUCGGUAAACUGUGAGCAGGGAUGGAUCGAUCAUGCAUGUCGACUACUGGGUUGCCAGCAAGCCGCGUUACUGGUUAGAUACUUGGGUAUUUCUCUAGGAGCAAAUCCGCGCCUAGUGAAGACUUGGAAACCAAUCAUCGAUAAGGUGGAACAGAAGCUUAGCUUAUGGAAAGCAAAGGUUUUAAAUAAAGCGGGUAAGCUUGUACUUAUCAAAUCAGUCUUGAAUAGCCUCCCCAUAUAUUACCUAAGUCUGUACAAGAUGCCAAAGACGAUGGCGGACAAGAUUAUAGCAUUACAAAGGAGUUUUAUGUGGUGCAAGGAGGACGGUAACUCUUUUAUACCUUUGGUCAAGUGGGAGUUGGUCCAGGCCCCAAAGAAAGCUGGGGGCUUGGGGUUGGUGAUGCAGUGUUGCGGAAUACAGCGCUCCUGUUUAAGUGGUGGUGGCGGUUUUCCAAGGAAGAGUGUCCGCUGUGAAAGAAGAUUGUUUGUUCGUGCAACAAGUUGA